CCACUCCGGAACUCUGCAGCAUCAGAUGACACAGGAUGUGGAGUCUAGGGUACAGUUGCCGAAAGAAGUGAUGCCUUUCCACUCCCUACACCUCAGUUUCUCCCCCUGGGCUACUAUAGCUCCAUGAACCAUUUGUUUUCUCUUUUCAAGGUGGGCCUUAAUGUCCUGGUUCAGAAAGCCAACAAGUUCACCCCAGCUACCCGCCUUCUCGUCCAGAGAUUUGUUCCGUUCCCUGCUGUGGCCAGUGCCAACAUCUGCAACGUGGUCCUGAUGCGCUACGGGGAGCUGGAGGAAGGGAUCGAUGUCCUGGAUGGUGAUGGCAACCUCGUGGGCUCCUCCAAGAUCGCAGCCAGACAUGCCCUGCUGGAGACGGCACUGACCCGAGUGGUCCUCCCCAUGCCUAUCCUGGUGCUACCCCCAAUCGUCAUGUCCAUGCUGGAGAAGACAGCUCUCCUACAGGCGCGCCCCCGGCUGCUCCUACCCGUGCAAAGCCUCGUGUGCCUGGCAGCCUUCGGCCUGGCCCUGCCGCUGGCCAUUAGCCUCUUCCCACAGAUGUCAGAGAUUGAAACAUCCCAGUUAGAGCCUGAGAUUGCCCGAGCCACAAGCAGCCGGACGGUGGUGUACAACAAGGGGCUGUGAGGGGGGCUGGGGGGGGGGGGGCUGCUGGCCCCAGGACGGAGCGGUGUCCUAGGCUGGAGAGUUGGGGAGGGGACAGAGUCUCCUGGGCUGUGCCUAUAGGAGAGGAGUACACAGACCCCAACUGUUCUGGGCCGCCUGUUCUGGGAGGGGAGCACUGGGCCUGCAGUGGUAGGGACUAAUCUGUUCACAUGAUAACAUAAGGGAGAAGAAUUCUGACACAUUUCCUAUAAAAAAAAUAAUCAAGUGCAUUUCUGGGCCUUACCUGGGGUUGUCAAAACUCUACUCAGCACAAUUACGUGUGAAGCUGAAAAAACUGUAGAGUGCCCACAGGGUAGAAUUAGGAUCCUUUUAUAUUUUGGUUUCUUUUUUUCUUUCUUUCAUUUUUUUUUUUUUAAAUCAGAAGCAAGUCUGAGCCUUGGUUGCAGCUGCCCAGAUGUGACAGAUGGGCAGGUGGUGGGAGUGAAGUAGGCUGGGGGCUGGCAGAUUUGGUGGCUAGGCUGGGAGAGCUGAGAUGUUCCAGUGACUAGAUCUGAUGGCUCCCUGUCUGGGGAGAGGAUGGGAGGGAGCUGACUCAGGGAGUCAGCAAGGGGAGCCUCUGGAAGAUUCCAUGGACAGCUGGCAUCUGGCCUUUAUUCAUGCCAUACCUUCAGAACCAGUCCCACAGAGUGAAGUCCAGUGACACAAUGGGGCUGGGUCACUCUUCAUGGACCCUCUGAGCCAUUUGAGGCCUCUGCAAUGAGCCCAACUCCUGACAGAAAACCCUCAGAAGAAAUGAUACUGAGUGACAGCUGUGGGUGUACAGUCUUCUAACCCUUGAGGUUGCCUGCCCCCGCCCUCUGCCUCCUGAGCAGGAGAGUAUUAUGCCUGAGUGCACAGAAGCCAGAUCUGCAGGCACCCAAGAGGCAGCAGGAAUGGUGAACUGUAGCCCUGAUGCCAGGAGACUGUAGCCUCGGACAAGCCAAUGCCCUUCUUGGAGCCUCCACUUCUUUCUGGAACCAGAGGACUGGAUCAAGGGGUUCCCAGUGACUCUUCUAGCUAGACCUUGCCUUUGCCUGUCCUGUUCAAUGCUGCUCAUCCCAGACACAUCCUGAAAAUGGACACUGGACUGAGAGAGAGGCGGGUCCUUUUGGAAAUAGUCAGCAACUGACCUGAGAAUCUGGAUCAUGUCUCUGUAUUGUUCCCACAUCCCGGGAUCUCUUGACUUUUGCCAAACACUUGACAGCUGUGAAAAAGGAAGUGUUGUUAUAGCUCAGUGUGGGGCCACACCCACAUGCUAUAUCUCACCCUGCACCCCAUCUGGGGAGAGAGCUGCCCAGAGGUGACACAUACACCUCAUAUGCAAGAAGGGCUCAUGUCUAAGAGUUGGAUGGCUAUACUGGAGUUCCUCCAUGGGCUGACAUCACGUACCUCCCCAAGAACCUCCCAGCCAGGUAACUGUGCCCCCUUCCACAGUUAGCUCUGCAGGAUGCUACCUGAGGACACUGUGUCUCCUGCCUAUGAGGAAGGGAGAAAGCAGAGAUAAGCACAGAGGACAAGACAGCAGAGGGGAAGAUGCUGAGUACUGGAGGGGCAGGUAGAUGAACCAAUCCCGCCACAAUGUGAAUGUGCCAAUGAUGGGGUGGGUCUAUCCGGGUUCUCUUUUGAAAAGUGGAGGUCUGUAUCCCACUCCACAACAGGUUCACCCUGCCUCACCUCUCAUAGGGUCAUGUUCUUGUGCACUUUACUGUGGGACCAAAAUUUGCCUACCGCAGCCCUACUCUCACCCUCUCCAAAGGCCUCCCCCUCCAUUAUGACUACCCAAGUCCUGUGACAUUCAGCAUCUCAUAAGCUAGCUACUUUGUCUUUAGUCAUGCUUUCAAAUGUGAUUUUAGGUGAGUUUCAAAAGAUAUUUGUCUUUCUAGAUGAUGGGGACAGAUUCAGUGGACCAUUUUAGAGGAGGGGAAGUCUAGUGGGCAGGUUAUAUCAUAGCUGAGAUGGAUGCAUAUCUGGACCCACCCUUAGGACAUGGUUCACCCUGCUAUUCCAGAAUACAGGGCAUAGCUGCAACUGGUUCUCUAGUGCUUGUGUACCUGUCUGACCAUCCUCUGGUCACUUUGAACAUUCCUUUCAGGCUUGGGGAUGCCCUUUUCCCAUUUCUAGAGACUGUUCUGAGAACACAAAGCCAAAAGCUCAAGAUGGCUGCUGAACCAAGAUGGUUGACAGACCCUUUAACCACUUCCUGAUGGUGAGCAGGCCUGCUUCCUGUCCUGUGCAUCUUGCCUGGGAGAAGGGUGGGGUCCUGAGAAGGAGAAGUGAGUAGACAGAAGCAAUGUGGUUCUCUAGCCCUGGGCUAGUGAGAGUGAGGCAUCAACACGUGUCUCAGCCACAAGUGGGAAACUUUGCUAUAUCUUCUUCACCUGCUCAGAACACGUCUCUGUCUCUGUGUUUUUUAUCAUACUAACACACUGUGGGCAAUAAAUGAUGGAUUUAAAGCACCAGAA